AUGUACAAGAGAACUCGAAUCUGUGAUUCAAACGAAAUCAGCAACAGCAGUGGCAUAUGCUGCAUAACUAACAAUGCAGAUGUCAAUUCAAUUGUUACAGAUAACACAAUCACACCACUAUAUCUUCUCUCAGACAAUCUAGCAUCAAUCCUAGAUGUUGCAGACUUUGACUUCUUUUCCGAUGCAAAGAUCAUCACCGGUGACUGUAAACAAGUUUCGGUGCACCGGUGUAUUCUCUCGGCGAGGAGUAGUUUCUUUAAGAACAUGUUUGGUGGAACAAAAGAGAAAGUUACAAAGAGGAUUGAUUUGAAGGAAGUUGCUAAGGAUUAUGAUGUUGGGUUUGAUGCACUUAAUGUUGUUCUGCGUUAUUUGUAUAGUGGCAAAGUUGAACACUCUUUGUCUGCUAAAGGUGUUUGUGUUUGUGUGGAUGAUGAUUGUUCUCAUUUUGGGUGUUGGCCUGUUGUUGAUUUCUUGCUUCAACUGCUUUAUGCUUCAUUCACUUUUGAAAUAUCUGAAUUGAUUGCUCUUUAUCAGGAUCAUCUACUAAACAUUUUUGACAAGAUUGCAAUAGAUGACAUGUUAAAGGUUCUUUCUGUAGCAAAUAUAUGUGGUAAAACAUGUGAUAAACUGCUAACAAGGUGCACAGAGAGAAUUGUUAAUUCCAAUGUUGAUAUCACUACUCUUGAAAAAUCACUUCCUCAACCUGUAUCGAAACAAAUAAUCCACAAACGAAACGAACUCGGCUUAAACAUAUCCGAAACUUUAAAUCUUCUACAUAAACAUGUUAACAGAAUACAUAGAGCACUAGAUUCAGAUGAUGUAGAAUUAGUGAGGUUACUUUUGAAAGAAGGACACACUACUCUAGAUGAGGCUCAUGCACUUCACUAUGCAGUUGCAUAUUGUGAUGUGAAAACUACUACUGAGCUUCUUGAUCUUGGACUUGCUGAUGUAAAUCAUAAAAACAAUAGGGGUUAUAGCGUGCUUCAUGUCGCUGCAACAAGAAAAGAACCGAAGAUUAUGGUGUCUCUUUUAACAAAAGGAGCUCAGCCUUCUGAACUCACUUUGGAUGGUAGAAAAGCUCUUCAGAUUUCGAAGCGUUGUACAAAAGCUGUGAAUUAUUAUAAAUUUACAGAAGAUGGAAACAUUUCGUCGAAUGAUCGAUUGUGUAUAGAGAUAUUGGAGCAAGCUGAGAGACGGGAGCCUUUACUUGGGGAGGCUUCUCUUUCUCUUGCUAUGGCCGGGGAUGAUUUGCGUAUGAAAUUGUUGUACCUAGAAAAUCGAGUUGGACUAGCAAAACUGUUGUUUCCCAUGGAAGCAAAGGUUGUGUUGGAUAUUACUCAAAUUGAUGGCACAUCUGAAUUUACUCCAAACUUGGGUGGUUGCCAGAGGACAACUAUGGACCUAAAUGAGGCACCUUUCAAAAUAAAAGAGGAGCAUCUAAUUAGGAUGAAGGCACUGUCUAGAUCAGUGGAGUUAGGGAAACGCUUCUUCCCUCGUUGCUCAGCAGUGUUGAACAAGAUCAUGGAUGCCGAUGACCUAUUGCAACUUGCGUGUAUGGGUAAUGACAGCCCCGAAGAUCGACAAGCGAAGCGAAGACGGUACGUGGAGCUUCAAGAAGUUCUUAAUAAAGUAUUCCAUGAAGACAAAGAGGAGUAUGAUAGAUCUGCCAUUUCUUCAUCAUCCUCAUCCACAUCAAUAGGAAUUGCAAGGCCUAAUAAUAGUAAGAUAGCAACGAAGAAUUAG